GAUGAUACAGAUGUGUAUCGUAUUGCUAUCGCUAUGUGUCCUGACAAGAAGUUGGAGUGGUUCAAGAAGAACCCUGACUGGUGGCUGGAAGAUCACGCUGAGGCUGAACGAGUCUUGCGUAAUCACUGGAAAGAGUUGUGUCAAGGACAAAGUUCUCCAUGUGCACCGGCAACGAAAAGCAAAUGGGCACGUACAUUCCAUGAUGAUGAUGCACUAACAAGCAGCCAUCCGUUUGAUAGCAUAGAUGCAUAUCUGGAGGCCCCAAUCGUGUCUAGUCAGGAUAUCAAGCAGGCAGACAGCAUAUUAGCUUAUUGGUCACAAGCCUCUCAGUUGCGCUCGUGGCUUGCUCACAUGGCACUUGACUAUCUUAGUGCACCAGCAUCCUCUGUUGAUGCCGAAAGGGUCGGACACCUUGCUGUGAGCCACCUCCAGCAUCAGGUAUCAUCUCAGACGUUCAAGGCUCAGAUGGCUGUGGGGUCAUGGGUGGGAACUCCUCUAUUGCCAGAUAUGAAGGCUUGCGCAAGCUUGCUU